CUUCUCGCUCUCGUUUCUCACUCUCUCUCACACAUUCUGAUUCUUUCCAAAAUAAAGAAAGCAAUAACUUUUUUUCCUUUUCUCACAUUAUUCUCUCCCAAAAUUCCCUUUUUCGGAAUAAUCUCUAUCAUUCACAGUGCCGUGUGGUUUUUGAUAUUUGAAUGAUCAUUGUUUGCGUUUCAAAACCUUUGCACAUUGCAGAUAUUCAUAUUCCUCUGUUUUGCAUUCUCUGUUUUCGUAACGCCACCUUGUUCCUUCCUCUGUUUCCUUUCUCCAACAAAAAAAAAUGGGUUUUCGGUUUUCUCUGGUUCAUCUUCUUCACCUUGUUCUGUUGUUGUUUUCUUUGAUGUUUCUGCCUCGUGCAUGUCCUCAAGAUGCUGUUGUGAUGAACACGCUCAAGAAGGCGAUAACUUCAAGCUCUGGUCUAAAAUGGUCAGACCCUGAUGUCUGUAACUGGAAUCAUGUUCAGUGCAAUUCGAACAAGAGGGUCACUGCAAUUCAAAUCGGGUAUCUCAACCUUGAAGGGUCUUUGCCGAAGGAACUGGUUCAGCUCACUGAGUUAACUCGCUUUGAGUGUAUGCAAAAUGGCUUCACUGGGCCGUUUCCUUACAUGCCCAAAUCUUUGGAGAUUCUGAUCAUUCAUGACAACAAUUUCAGUUCCAUUCCAUUUGAUUUCUUCAGCAACAUGACCAAUUUGCAGGAGGUGAGGAUUGACUACAACGAUUUUCCUCAAUGGCAGGUUCCUUCUAGCCUCAAAGAUUGUGUUGCUCUUCAGCAAUUUUCUGCAAUGAGAGCUGGUUUUGUUGGGGGAAUCCCAGAAUUCUUUGGGAAAGAUGGUCCUUUUCCAGGUUUGGUUUUCUUGGGGUUGUGUUUUAAUUCUUUUGAAGGUGGGUUGCCUGCAAGCUUUUCUGGGAGUUCUAUAGAGAAUCUUUUGGUGAAUGGUCAGAUGGGUAACUCUAAGCUCAAUGGAUCACUUUCUGUGUUGCAGAACAUGACUUCGUUGAAACAAAUUUGGGUGCAUGGUAAUUCAUUUACAGGUCCUAUACCAGAUUUGUCAAACCAUGAUCAACUUUUUGAUGUGAGCUUGAGGGAUAACCAGUUAACUGGUGUUGUUCCACCCUCUCUCACUGAUCUUCCUGCUUUGAAGGUUGUGAAUUUGACCAAUAAUUAUCUUCAAGGGUCUCCUCCCAAGUUCAAAGAUGGGGUUAGGGUUGAUAAUGAUAUGGAUAGGGGGAACAAUAGAUUUUGCACAAAGGUUGUUGGUCAGCCAUGUAGUCCCCUUGUGAAUGUUUUGCUUUCUGUUGUUGAACCUUUGGGGUAUCCUUUAAAACUUGCUGAAAAUUGGGAGGGUAAUGACCCUUGUGGUAAACAAUGGAUGGGGAUUGUCUGUGCUGGGGGUAAUAUUUCCAUUAUCAAUUUUCAGAACAUGGGUCUAUCUGGCAACAUUUCUCCUGGUUUUGCCCAACUUACAUCUGUGACAAAGUUGUUUCUUGCUAACAAUGAUCUCACAGGUACUAUACCAAGUGAACUUACUAGUAUGCCUCUUCUGAAACAGCUAGAUGUUUCCAACAAUAAGUUAUAUGGUCAGGUACCAUCCUUCCGAGCAGAUGUGGUUUUGAAGACUGGUGGGAAUCCUGAUAUUGGAAAGGACAAACCUCAAGGGCCGCCUGGCUCUGGAGGUAAAGAUAAGAAACAUGGUGCUGGAGCUAUUGUUGGGAUUGCUGUAGGGGGUGUCAGCUUGCUUGGUAUAGGGGUUCUGGGAGUUGUUAUUUAUGGUAGAAAGCAUAAAAAGCGUCCUGCUGGAAAACUUCAAAGUCCAAAUGCAAUUGUGGUACAUCCUCGUCAUUCUGGAGACGGAAAUGGUUUGAAGAUAAGUGUUGCCGCAGCGAGUGGUAGUGGUGGGGGAACUAGUACUGGUGGAUUUAGUCCAGCUACUAGUGUUCAAACUGUGGAAGCUGGUAACAUGGUCAUUUCAAUUCAAGUUUUGAGAGAAGUCACAAACAAUUUCAGUGAAGAAAACAUAUUGGGGAGGGGCGGGUUUGGCACGGUGUACAAAGGAGAAUUGCAUGAUGGAACAAAGAUUGCAGUGAAAAGGAUGGAAUGUGGAAUGGUGGUUGAGAAAGGGCUGGAUGAGUUCAAGUCUGAAAUCGCAGUACUCACUAAAGUUCGACACAGGCAUUUGGUUGCACUCCUAGGCUAUUGCUUAGAUGGAAAUGAGAGGCUUCUGGUGUAUGAAUACAUGCCUCAGGGGCCUCUUAGUAAACACCUAUUUGACUGGCAAGAAGAAGGGUUAAGACCACUGGAGUGGAAGAGAAGGCUUUCCAUUGCCUUGGAUGUUGCUAGAGGUGUUGAAUAUCUUCAUGCUUUGGCACAACAAAUUUUUAUCCAUAGGGAUCUGAAACCUUCAAAUAUCUUGCUUGGGGAUGAUAUGCGUGCUAAAGUAGCAGACUUUGGAUUGGUUCGGCUUGCACCAGAUGGACAAGUCUCAUUCGCAACUAGAAUUGCUGGAACUUUUGGAUAUCUUGCACCAGAGUAUGCAGUCACUGGACGAGUUACAACAAAGGUUGAUGUAUAUAGCUACGGCGUGAUUCUUAUGGAGAUGGUAACCGGAAAGAGAGCAAUUGACAAUAGCCAACCAGAAGAGAGUAUCCACCUUGUUACAUGGUUCCGAAGGAUGCUGCUGAACAAAGACUCAUUCAGAAAGCUCAUUGACCCCACAAUAGAUGUUGACGAGGAAGCCUUAGAUAGUUUGAAGACUGUUGCAGACUUGGCCAGCCACUGCUGCGCAAGAGAGCCGCAUCAGCGUCCUGACAUGGGUCAUGUUGUGAAUGUGAUAGCACCGUUUGUUGAGAUCUGGAAGAAGCCUGCAGUUGUAGAUGCUGAUGACAUGUGUGGGAUUGACUUAGACAUGAGCUUGCCUCGAGCACUCAGUAAGUGGCAGGCUCUUGAUGGAAUGAGCACUCUGGAUCAAUCAUCUUCUACAUCAAUGCUUAGUAGUGGAGAUAAUACACAGUCAAGCAUUGCAACAAUGCGACCUUCUGGAUUUGCAGAUUCGAUUUGUGAUGGAAGAUGAAGUUUGAUAUAUACAUUUAGAACCUCUUUGAUUUACUAUUAAAAAGUAAAAACAAGAAAAUAACAUAUUCCAAUGGUACUUCAACUAUAAGUGUAUCGGGAUGUGUUAUUUUUCUAUUUUCUUUCUAACAGUAAACCAAUCAGAUUUUGAAGUUCUGAUAUCUAUGUUAUUACUUUUUCCUGACUCUUUGAGCUAUUAUUUCUGUAGUUUGUUUUACCAUCUAGUUGGGAAUUUACUGGUUUUUUUUUCUGUU